AGGGGGCUGGGAGAGGGGCAUUUAAAUAGAGCUGGAGAUGAGCGUUUGCUUCACAUUCACAGCUUUGCAUUUGGUGCAGGAAGCAGCGAGAGAGAGACAGACAGAGAGAGACUUGACUUCACAGUAAAGUCAUGCUCGCCCUGGAAUGCUCAGCCAGAAUGGCUGUUCUGAGUGUGCUGUUCUCCUCGCUGAUCUGCAGCCCCGCUGACGCCUGGUACAAGCAAACGGCUGGUCCCAGUUACUACUCCGUGGGUAGAGCUUCGGGUCUCCUCUCGGGCAUCCGUCGCUCCCCCUAUGUGCGUCGUUCCGAGCCCAGCGAGGGGGCAGAGACAGGUGAAGGCCACCUGUACCCUGAGCUGACACAGCCUCAACAGAGCACGCUGAUCAAAAACAUGGCUGUGUGUGUGAAGGACAUCUCUCCAAACCUGCAGAGCUGUCAGCUGCUGCCCGACAACCUCAACACUUUCCAGUGUAAAGCAGACAUUUAUCUGUCGCUGGGCUCGCAAGACUGUGUUACUGCUUGAUCCUCGUUUUCCCCCCUUCUUCAACACCUCCCACCCCAGCAACCACCCCACCCCACCCUACCCACACACACACACACACGCACGCACACACACGUAUGAACUGGUCUCAUCAAUUCCUGACACUGAAUGUUACAUUUUCUGCCCGUGUGUCGACCACCUAAACACAAUCCAAAGCUCUUGUGUGUCUCUCUCUGUGUGUAUGUGUGAGUGAGUGAGUGAGUGAGUGAGACAGAUUUACUGGAUGUAUCAUUGUAUUGAAAAAGGUCGGAAAUGUUUUUACAGCUGAUCAACUGAUCAGUCUUUCUCCCCCCCACCCCCUUUCUCCUUUAAUGAUCGAUCAUGAUAUAUUAAAAAAAGUACCUCAUUCUGUGUAUAAAGCAAAAUUCGCUGUAUUUAAGUUGUAGGAAUGAUUUCGUGAUUCUGUGAGUUUUUUUUUGGUCUCUGGAAAUGAAAUGUGAAUUAUAUUUCAGCCUUAAAAAAUG